AUGGAUCACGACCACGACCACCUCCAGCCAGACAGUCCGCUCAUGACGAUGUCCAACUCCUUCUUGCGCGAUGGCAUGUUGCAGCUGUCCAUACCUGGCCCGAGCAGAGAUCCGGUGUACUACAUCUCAGAUGGGAACAGCGUGCUGCUGGUGGAGAAUACUCUAUUUAAGGUGCACAGGUCGAUCCUCACGAAGGACAAGUCCGCUUUCGAGACGAUGUUCCAGCUAUCCUCGGAGACGGACUCGUCACGAUCGGACAGCAGCAUGGCGGCAGCGCCGGAAGGGGAGAACGACGACAACCCCAUCCGACUGCAGGGCGACAGCCCAGACGAGUUCCGGGCGCUCCUCUGGGCGCUGUAUGCACUGCCGCACGAGCUCAUGCUCGCCACGACGCCGGACGCAAACUGCAUGCAGCUCGUCCACCUCGCACGCAUCACGCACAAGUACCAGUUCCGCUCUAUCGAGACCUGGGCGCUCGGUGCGCUGCACAUCUUCUACUCCCGCCCGGGCGCGUUCGACCUGCCCGGGAUCCCGCCCGGGCUCCCGCACACCACCCCACCCCCGGAGGUGCCGUCGCUCGUUGCGAUCACGGAGCUAGCUGCACUGUGCGAGCGCCAGGACCUCAUGGAGCUCACCGUUGCGCAGUGGAAGCACCAGAUCGGCGAGGGCAAAGACCUCGCGCUCGCGAUCGGCAUUGGGGAGCGCCUCAACCUGCGCGGCAUGCUCGGCCUCGCGUACCACGCGAUGAUGCUCAAGGGGAAGCUGCACUGGGACGCAGAGCCCGCACUCACGCGGGAGCAGCGUGUGCGUCUGCUGUGCGGGUAUUAUACCCUCGGGAAGCUGUGGGAGAGCUUGCCGGCACAGCCCCCAGCGCUUUCGCAUAGUGCGAGAUGUACGAGCCAGCAGCGCUGCUCGAAGGCGUGGGGGGCGCUGUGGAAGGCUGUGCUGGAGCUGGGGACGGAGAUCAUACCCGGGUUACAAAGGGAAGACGUAUUGGCGCGGCUCGUGCUAGCAGAGUGCACAAUAAAGAGCCUCAUAGAGCGGGAUCUACAGGUACAGGGAGUUUCGGAUCGACUACCGCAUUGCAAGGAGAGUGCGCUCAUUGCAACGACGAUGAGAGUGCGGGAUUUUAGGGAGGCGCUGUCGGACUAUUUCUCGGAUGACUUUUGA